AUGCCUCUCUCUGCCGAGCUCAAGACUCCUCUCACUGGUGCCUACCAGCAGCCCACUGGCCUGUUCAUCGACAACGAAUGGGUUGACGGUGUGGACAAGAAGACCUUCGAGGUCAUCAACCCCAGCACAGAGGAGGUCAUCUGCUCCGUAGCAGAGGCGACCGAGAAGGAUGUCGACAUUGCCGUCGCCUCGGCCCGGAAGGCCUUCGAGGGUGUCUGGCGCCAGACCACUCCUGCCCAGCGUGGCCAAUACCUCCUCAAGCUCGCCGAUCUGACCGAGAAGAACCUCGAGCUCCUCGCUGCGGUCGAGUCCCUCGACAACGGCAAGUCCAUCAUGAUGGCCAAGGGCGACAUCGCUGCCGUCGCCGGCUGCAUCCGCUACUACGGUGGAUACGCCGACAAGAUCCACGGCAAGACUAUCGAUACCAACACGGAUACUUUCACAUACACCAGACCUGAGCCCCUCGGCGUCUGCGGUCAAAUUAUCCCGUGGAACUUCCCCCUCCUCAUGUUUGCCUGGAAGAUCGGCCCGGCGCUCGCCACCGGCAACACGGUUGUCAUGAAGACCGCUGAGCAGACCCCCCUCUCUGCUCUCGUCUUCUGCAACCUUGUCAAGGAGGCCGGCUUCCCUCCCGGAGUUCUCAACGUGCUCUCAGGCUUCGGCAAGGUCGCCGGCGCCGCCCUUUCUUCCCACAUGGACGUCGACAAGAUCGCCUUCACCGGCUCCACCCUGGUCGGCCGCACCAUCAUGAAGGCUGCCGCCUCCUCCAACCUCAAGAAGGUCACUCUCGAGCUUGGUGGCAAGUCGCCCAACAUUGUCUUCAACGACGCCGACAUUGAGCAGGCCAUCUCAUGGGUCAACUUUGGCAUCUACUUCAACCACGGCCAGUGCUGCUGUGCCGGUUCCCGUGUCUACGUCCAAGAAGGUAUCUACGACAAGUUCAUUGAGGCGUUCAAGAAGCGCGCCCAGGCCAACGCCGUUGGUGACCCUUUCAACGAGUCGACCUUCCAGGGCCCCCAGGUCAGCCAGCUCCAGUACGACCGCAUCAUGGGCUACAUCAAGGACGGCAAGGCCGAGGGCGCGACCGUCGAGGUUGGUGGCGAGCGCCACGGCGACAAGGGCUACUUCAUCCAGCCCACCAUCUUCUCCAACGUCAAGCCCGACAUGAAGAUCAUGCGCGAGGAGAUCUUCGGCCCCGUCGCCGCGAUCGCCAAGUUCUCGACCGAGGAAGAGGUCAUCAAGCUCGGCAACGACAGCAACUACGGCCUGGCCGCCGCCGUGCACACCAAGGACCUCAACACGGCCGUCCGCGUCAGCAACGCGCUCCGCGCCGGCACCGUCUGGGUCAACUGCUACAACAUGAUUCACCACCAGAUCCCCUUCGGUGGCUUCAAGGAGUCUGGUAUCGGCCGCGAGCUCGGCGAGGCUGCCCUCGCCAACUACACGCAGAACAAGUCGGUAUCCAUUCGCCUGGGUGGGGCCAUCUUCUAA